GAAGAAGAUGAUGUAGUGCCUUCUGCGGCGCCUACGUCAGUGUUACUAGUCAGGGAGUGCUGCGGGGAGGAUGGCGCCCACCCUUAACUAUGUGGCCGACCUGGAGGACGAGGUGGCGCUGGAGGGCCUCGACGGCAUCACGGUGGAGGGACUGUGGCUGAGGCUGAAACACAGACCAAACUUUGAGAGCAACAUGCCACUGGAUGACAAGAGCAAAAUCUUUCUCUGGUCCCUCAUCUGCAGGAACCAAGAAAUAUCCAUGUACAAGCUGCCCACACCCAGGAGGGAGCUUGUCAUUUUCAACAGGUAUGAGCACAUGGACCAUGAGUUGGGUAUUGUCCUGGAGCCUGCGGACAUCCCGGCAGACAUUUACCCGUUCCACCUCAUCGAAGACACAGAGAAUGGCAUCCGGGGGUCCUGCGCCACCUACCAUGAGCGCAUUGACGUCACGGAGACGGUCAUCACUAUGAGCCUGGAGGAGGUGGAGGAGAUGUAUGGUCGACAGCUGGUGUUGGUGGCCAGUCCACUGCUGAGGGACAAGGCUCUGUGCAUCAGUGCCUGCAUUGACAAGUUUUAUGACCUCACCAUCAGCCAGUAUGUCAUCCUGGAACGUAUUGGAAGGUCAAGGUGGAUGGGGGAGAUUACACAGGGCAAGGUGAGUCUUGCGUCCAUGGGUGAGAAUCCCAAGACAAUGUUCUACCACCGCAAGCGCCUCCUGAAGCUGAACCUCAUCACCAAGCAGCCGCACCAGCAGAAGGGCAUCAAGGGCCAGACCAACAACGGUUCCCUCCUCCACCUCACAAGGUUCUAUGUGGAGCGUCAUUCCAAGUUCAUCAUGAUGAUCCAGAGGGCUGUAGAGCUGCUGAUGAGCAAGCCUAACCACUGCGCCCCCUACAGCCAGGUCAAGGAGGAGAUGGGCAUCCCGGAGCCCUCCUGUCGCAAGCUGUUCAAAAGCACAGAGUUUCAAAGGCUUGUGAGGAACGUGAGCAAGCCGUACCGCAAGGUGUACCCCAACGCCACCGCUGCCCAGUGGAAGUGCAAGGGCAAGGACGUGGAGAAGUUUAUCCGCAUGAUGGAGCUGAUUGACCCUGGGGUGGAUCCCCUGGAGGUGUGCAAGACAGACGAGGCGGUGGAGGAGGAGGAGGAGGAGGAGAUGUACCCCGGCAUCCUGGACCAGAGCAAGAUCAGGUGGCGCGAGGACCUCCUCCACCAGGCAUACAAGAUAGUGGAGGAAGCCGGGCCUGAUGGUGUGACACAGUCCGACAUGGCAAGGAUGCUAGGGCAGGCCAAGUUGGACUCACGGACCAUCUGCCGCAACCUCCAGCGCUGCAACACUGUCCACUCCCUCAUGAAGGACGUCGGGCGCCAGAGAGUGUCCCGCUACGUGUCCCACAAGUUCAUACAGACGGGACACCUCACGCAGGAGUUCCGGAAAGAGAGGCAAAAGAUGAUCGCCAUGAUAGAACACGACAAGCCUCAGGGGGCCAACCUUCCCUCAACAUCACAAAAGAAUGAGGUGUCCAAAACAGUGGAGUCCAACCUUCUGGAGGGCGUGGAGGUGAACAUGGAGGUGGUGACCAUGAAGAAAGGGGGCAAGGAGAACUGUGAUGCUGCCUCCACUGACCAGGCAGACUCCACUCCCUCCUCCUCCUUCCCCUCCACCUCCUCCUCCUCCCUCGCCACCCCCAGCCAGGCCAAGCAAGGGGAGAAGAAGCCGCCUGAGGGAAAGCUGUACAGUGAGGGUUUCCUGAGCCUGCUGAAGGAGAUGAAGAUGACCUACAACAACCAGAAGCGCAGCUCUCCACAUGUCACCACCAGGAUGAUGAAGCGCGCCAACAUGAUCAUUGAGGCUGUGCGCUCCACCAGGGUCAUCGACGACGCUUUCAGGCUGCAGAAAAUGAUUGUACAGGCCGAGACAAAGGAAGGCUAUGCUGUCAAGAUGGACAAGAAAAGUCUUGACCGCCUUCUGGAUAAGCUGUCCAAGGAAGGUUUCCUCAAGAACAUCAUCGUCAAGCUCAAGAGCAAAACCACCAAGACAACCAAGGAAGUACGCUAUGUGGUCCAUCCCAGCAUAACAUUUGACAACCCCCACCUGAUAUCAACCAUCGAGCAACAAAAGCUGAAGUUCCUGGUGGCCAGCAAUGAGCCCAAGAAGGACGCUGAAGGCAGCAGCCCGGACAAGAAGGCUGCCGCCCGCAAGGUCAAGAUGGAGGACAAGAGCGAGGGUGUCCAGGCCUCUGCCACAGUGGAGGUCACGGCGGAGGGUGCCGGGGAGGCCAUGAACAGGGCCUCGGUUGGGGAGAGCAUGCACCAGCUCAAGCUCAUGAACAGCAGCAGCAGCAGCAACCAAGUGGGGGAGGAGGCCUUGUCUCCACCGCCCGCCACCAAGUCAGCCGACUACAAAAAGCAAAUAGGCAUCAAGACCAGCCUGGGGCCCAAGUUUAUGCGCAAGUAUGAGCUACACAAGCUGCUCUUCUACCUUGUGUACGGCUACCAGGGCAGCGAAGACUUGUGCCAGGAGGACGCCUGGGUCACCAUCGCCGAGGCCUCGCCGGAGGUCAACCUGCAGAAUGAGGACAUGUCAGAGUACCCGAACAUUUACUACCCGGAACUUUCCUACAAAAUGUUCAUCCCACCUCUACCAAAACACAUGAACACUGACAACGGCUGGGCCUUCGUGUGCGACGUUCUCCUCCGCCUUCCACUCUGCAUCUUUGUCCGCCUUGUGAGUGUGCCCUGCAUGUCCCCAGAGCUGGAGAGCUUCCUGUGCCACCCCCUCAGGAAGAACCUCCUGGUGAAGUACCUCCCGCAGCACCUGCGCCAAAACCUCCUGCAGGGCCGCCGCUACGUCACCUACGUCAUCGACCUCAUCAACCGCCUCUGCUACAUGGGGCUGCUGCAGUACGGCCAGCAGGUGAUGAAGGAGAAGGACCAGGUGUUCAUCUAUGUCAACCGCCACGCCAGCCUCAUCGACUCCACCAUCUCCUCCCCCGGCUACCACCAGAUCUCCACAGACAAGGAGUAUGUGCGCAAGGAGUACUACUUCAACUGCCUCCAGGACAUCCUACAGUACUGGUAUGAUCUGUGGACCAUCUCGAUGCACACUCCCCUGGGCGGCCACAACUGCAUGCAGGGCAAGAAGAUCACCAUCCAGAUCCUGGACCGCAAGCCUCAGAUCCUGGAGACUCUCGCACCACGCAGCACCACAGAGGCACCGCUCAGAGACACGGGCGUCAUCCCAGGGGACGGGCGGGGUGCGGGGGGGCUGGACUCGGCCAUGUUCGCACACCUCAAGCGCAACUGGUCAUCCUCGUCCCAGUCAUCCGCCACUCGCCCCUCGGCCAUCAUUCCACCAUCCAGCGUUGCAGGGGAGCGGGCGAACUACGAGGGGUCAGCGUCUUACUCCCAGUACCUCAUGAACACCACCAACCCCUCGGCGGAAACCCUGUCCCCCAAACACAGACUGGCUGGCCUGCGCAACGUGAAACUCUCGGUGUACAGACCAAGGUUGGGGCCUGACGGGAAGGCCUUGGAGGUGCCAGUUGGGGUGGUCAGCCGUCAGCCUCGGGGACGGAAGAGACGGCAGGAGGAGUCGCAGCCCUCAGACGUCAAGGCACCGGCUGUCAAGUCCACCAGGAGCCGAGGCACCGGUAGGAACAAUCAGUAUAGUUACCAGCGGGAACUGAAGCAGCGCAAGAAAUCGCCCAAGAAGCCGUACUAUGACGAGGAGGACCGCGCCGCCCUCAGGAGGAUGAACAAACUCCGUGUGGACUGGUCGUCGGCCGAGGACUCCUUCCUGCUGCUGUGCAAGGUGGCGUCCUGUUUCCUCUUCCCUAACGUGCGGAGCCAGAUGAUCACCUUCAGCCUGGUGCGGGACCUCCUGCACGAGCGGUUCCCCGAGGCGCGCAACAAGACCUCCCGGGCCUGCCAGCGCCGCAUCAACUACAUCAUGAAGAACGCCACCACCGAAGACAAUGUGUCGAUAUUCCUGGAGGAAGUGCGACAGGACGCCAGCAUUGUGUCCGAGUUUAAGAGCCCCAAGGUCCCCAGGAACAAGACCAACCUCGAGAACGUCUACUCCAAGAUCUUCCGCGAACUCAUGAACCGUCUGGUGGUCAAGUUUGCCUCCAGUGACUCCCGGCAGUGCCCCGACCUGCCCAGCACCCUGGAGGAGUUUGAGGACCGCUACCAGGUCAUCGUGGCGUCCUCCUCCCUCCGUAGCAAGCUCAGGAUCAAGGAGGUCACCACCAUUGCCGAUAUUGACUUCUACGUGGUCAAUGCGCUGAUUUAUAGUUCGCUGUGCUCCAAGUACGACCGCGACUCCUACGCCUACCAGCUGUACCUCGCCUACCAGCAGUACCCCCACACGCUGCUCAACUCUGUGCUCACCAGGAUGCGUCAGGACCAGAUGAUCAGCUACAAGAAGGCCUACAACCGGUCUGUGGUUGCCCAGUCCUGCUUGCCCCUCUCCACCUCACCCUUCCAGCUCUCGGUCACCUACCAAUAUGUCUUCAAUUUUAAGUACCAGUACGAAAUCUUCGGGCAGGCGUGGCAAAUGCUGAAACAACUCGUGCAGCAGAGCAGCCAGUCAGCCUUGAGGGCCAGCUCAAAGGAAGGAUCACCAGCACCCUCAUCCUCCCCUUCCUGCCCUGAUGUCAACCCAGAAGGGGGCAGCAGCACAGGCCAGGGGGAGGGAGUGCCAAUACUGAUCCAUCAGGAGGGAGGCUACUGUGCUGCCAUAGUUGCUCUCUUGGCCACCAAACGGCUCAUCUUCAACAUCGUGAUCCCGGAGCAGAUCAUCAUGAUGGACCAGCAGCACACCGUCAUGCAGGACCACCACGAGUCCCUCCUCCAGCGCUUCUCGGACCACACGCAGCUGUCAGGCCGGGACAUACAGGACUUUGACGUCUCCUUUACAGACGCUGAGAAGAAGCAGCAGCUUCUUGCCAGUGCAUCAAGGCCUAAAGUGGGUGAUCGCAUUGCUGAAGCCAUGGGGAGAGAGGCUUUUUCCAGGGGUGAUGCUUCCCCUGUGUCAGCCUCAACACAAGACUGUGAGGCACACGAUGUAAAAACAGGCAUUAAGGGGUCUGUGAAGAGGAAGGUUGGGAAGGAGAGACGCAAAGUUAAGAAGCUUUGUAAGGCUCCCGGCACCAUGAGCCAUGAGGAGGAUAAGGAUAAGGAUGAAGAGGAGGAGGGGGAGGACAUGGAGGUAGGGGAAAACACAUUUGCAUCUAAUGUUCACAAAAAUCUCAGACUCACCAGCACACCCUCACAGCCUAAAUUGAAGGUGGAACAGGUGAAGGGAACUCAAGACUCUGUGGAGGUUGAUGGAACUGAGGAGCCUAGUCAAGGGGGAGGAAAGAAGAAAGAUAAACAUGUCAGCUUCCAGGACGGUAAUGCUGGGGAUGCUGUAGAGAUGCAAGACACUGAGGACACCUCCAUACUGGGCGAGGCAUCAUCUAUCGAAGAAGAUGCAGAUGGUUCAGAGUCACAGGGCCGCUCCAACCUCCCCUCAGCCUCCCGCCUGGGCCUGUACAUGAUGCGCGACCAACUCACGCAGGCGGACGUGAACCAGAUCAACAUCCAGCACGCCCAAGAGCACCUGGUGGUCAACGCCUGCGACAUCACCUGCCGCCUCCGCCCCCCACCCGACCUCCAGGAUGAGUACAGGGCAGCGGUGGCCAAGGGCGUGGAGGCUAUCGAGGAUGUCCUGCUGCCACUGCCCAAGGCUUUGGUGGCUGAUGCCUUGGAGAAGAGGAGGAAGGUAACACUGCAGGGGUGGAACCAGCUGGAGGACGUCUUAGCCCAGUGGGAGGAGGAGGGCCACGGCGCCGACCUGCUGGCCAUGGUGAGGGAGCUCUAUCAAUACAUCGACCAACAGAAGGAGCUCGGGGCUUCCGUCAAGGACCUCAAAACCAGGUACCGGGACUACCCCUACAACGUGACGGCGGUGGUGGCGCUGAUGGAAGGCGCGUUGCUGCUGCUGCGUGUGGGCGCCUCGACGGUGUGCUGGGUCACCAUGCAGCACACCAAGCCCUGGCUCAUACAGACCAACAAGAUAACGCGAAUGAACCGGCAGAGCAUUCAAGUCCAGGGUGUGUACAAAAUGAACUUAGACAAAACAGGAGAGACGCCAUCCACCUCCACCACCACUCAGGACUCGGGUGUGCUGGAGGGGAGUGAGCAGGAAGGCAGCAAGCAUGGCGAGCAGGAGCAGGACCAAGCAGUGAGCCAGGAUGCAGAACUGGCCUCAGACCCUCUUGCCAGCAGCAGCCCCCCGCCAGGCAACUUGCCGGGAGAGGAGUGGUCAGCCAGUGCAGCGCCCCCUCAACAAGGAAUGGAGACAGAGAGCCAAGCAGACCCAGCAUCUCCUCCCUCUGGCACUGAGCUGGACCUCCCUCCCCCUGUGGCCCUUGAUUCUAGCACUGAGGAGCCCCAGAACCAGACUUAUGAGGCCUCCACCAGUAGCUCUGUGCAGGCACUGGGGGAAGGGGAGGAGGAGGCACCCAUCCCCACCACAGCAGACGCCAGUGAAGGGGAACCGACCACCACCACCAGACGUUCUCGGAGGAUAUCCCAGAGCAAUGCAGCAGCCAAGCAGGGCGAGGAGGACACAAGCCUUGGGGUGCGGCACAUCCACUCCUUCCUGGCCAUGCGCAAGAGGAACUACAAGCGUGACGAGAAUGUGUCCAGCCGGAUGGAGAAAACUGUCCAGCAUCACUACCAGACGUCCGAGCACGAGAGGAUCGAUGUGGCGGUGCGUCCAUGGGUGCGGCUCAAUGGAACACUCAACAGGCGCGUGGUGGACCGUCUGCUGGGGGCCGCGCUUUGCCUGGUGAUGGAGCGGCCAGGCAUCAGCGGGCGGGACAUCGUCUGCCGCUUCUCCCCCGCCCUGCAGCCCGCCCACACCCAUGACCUGCUGGAGACUCUGGUGCAGCUGCAGUGUGUGGUCAGGGUACAGCUGGUGCCUUCCCACAAGCCCUCGCUCUUCUCGGAUAUUGUGGACUAUUCGCUGGUGCUGGCGGAGGUGCAUGACUGUGAUGAGGAGGUGCUGUACGAGCCCACCGUGGACGCCAUACUCAAGCUCUCCAUGUUCAUCGGUGAAAAGAAGUACACGCAGGACUUCCUUUCGGGGGAGCGGAGGUGAGGGAGCGGCGGAAGGGGCAGCGUUGUUGUGAUGUGUUGUGUUAUUGUUUCUUGAGGAAACAUUUGUAUAUAGAUAAUCAUGAUCAUUCAAGGUUUA